AUGAACGACAACGACACUAACCCCGGGGUCGCCAUUCAUCAGCCCGAUCAGGAGUUCGGCACUGGAAACUAUCCGUAUGAUACAUCUUUGUCAAGUGGUUAUCAGCUCCAAUCAAUGCACUAUCCGGAUAAUGUGCAUCUAUCCAGACCGGUGUCUAUAAGAAGGUUCCCGACAACAAGAGAACACAUUCGUCCAGUACAUCCUAACACUGGGACGAGGCAAGGUCAUCGUGAAGUGACUCUACCGAGUAAUGAUCGACUACAUCGUCAUCAAGAAGUGGUAACAUCGAGUAACGUUAAAUCUACCGAAGGCUAUCGUGAAGUGUCUCUACCGAGUAUUGAUCGUCUACAUCAUCAUCAAGAAGUGGUAAAGUCGAGUAACGUCAAGCCUAUUGGAGAUCAUCGUGAAGUGAUUGUACCGAGUACUGAUCGACCACAUCGUCAUCAAGAAGUGGUAAUGUCGAGUAACGACAGACCUAUCCAUGAUAGACCAUAUGAGCAACAAGGUCAUCAAUUAGAUCAUGGAAGAGUCUCUAAGCCUCCAGUAACAGAUGAUCGUACGACUAUCAAAGGUUCCUAUGUUCGUCAAGAAAACCUUAUCAAGAGACAGGUCGGAUAUGAAAGAGCUCAAGAACAUCCACUACAAGCUAACGUGGCAUCAUUAAAUGGUCAACAUCGUCUACGAGAGAGCAUCCUAUCAAACUUGCGAGUUAGUGACAAGAUCCUGUAUAACGAGUUCUAUCUGGACAUGAUCACAAAGGAUAGAGAGCUACUCUAUAAUAUCAUUCAAGACGACUAUCUACGACCAAUCUUCCUAAGCCACCCCAUUAUCAUCGAGAAGUCAAUGAGUGAUCCCAACUUCCUGAACAUCGAGCACUACCCCAACCCUAUCAAAGAUUCCCAACAUAGUGAACAGCAUCAGUCUUGUGGUACGGUCAUCAAAGACUACUCGUCAGCUGCUGCUAGCUCUACUCUAACAGUUGAUGGUUCACGACCUCAGCAAUCGGUUCCUAUCUACGACACCACUGUCAAGGAUAUCACUACUGCUGAUGAUCGAGUCCCUCUAGAACAAGUAGAUUCUACUAAACCUGUUGAAGUUAUUUCUAUUUCAUCUGCUGCUAAAAAUGGUUCGAGAAGUCAUCACGAGAAUUAUCGUGAACAUCAUCAACAACCAUCUCCUAGAGCUGCUAUGAGGUCUACAAGAAGACGUGAUCCAUCUGGCUCUCCUUCUGGUUCAUCGGAUUCUUCUGGUGACGAUCAUGAUUCUCGUCGUUCUCGACGUUCCCAUCAACGCCGUCGGAGAAGCCUAUCAUCGAGCUCAUCUUCUUCUAGCCCUUCUUCUGCUUCGGGUCGUGCUCUAUCAAGACCCUACCCUACGUUGAAACAUCUGCCUGGAAUCACUUCUGGCAGAAUGUAUCGACCCCCUAAUCUGUUCGGCAACAAGACCUAUGACCGCUGUCCGGGUUGUAGACAUACCAAAUGCCGACACAAGAUCUCUGAUAAGGAUCUCCAAAUCGCUACCAAUACGGCAAAAGGUCUCGCUAUCAAGAACCACUAUCAAGGUGCUGAUGAUCGACGCUCUGGUGCAGCUUGGAUCCAAGAGAUCUUUAAACGGACGGUUGGCCAAAGGAAUCUUGUUCGUUAUACCUUUGCCCGUCUCAAUACCAUCAACACCGUCUGGGACGAUCUUGUACGUGACGAAACUGAUCCUGCACUAUGUCACAAGGACUAUGAUCGUCAUUGGGAUCUACUAAUCAACAAGAUCAAUGAGUUCUACAGUGACCAAGAAGUCCUACUGAAACUCCAGAACGACUUCAAUCAUCUACAACAAGAACCUAAGGAGACGGUCAAUCAGUUUAUCUCAAGAUUGGAUGGUUAUGCUAAUCAACUAUGUCUACUAGGUGUCAGUAUCUUGGAUGACAUCAUCAAGCGACGUCUGUAUGAUGGAUUAUUAAACGACCGUCUUAGAGAUAAGAUGGAUCGUGACGUCGAUGAUCACCGUAUAGACUAUCCCCGCUUCAAACGGCAGCUGAUCAAGUAUGAUCGAAGGAGACAAGGGCGCUUAUCUAAGAAGGAAGCUGAUCCCGCUACUCUCCGGUUGUAUGGUGGACGACAUCCUGAUCAACGACGUCAAGCUACGGUGAGCAACAUCGUCAACAACGACCACUCUGACGACUAUCAUGAUGGAUCCCCUAUUCCUUCCGGAUCAUCAACUGAUGACGAUGUCUACUAUGUCUAUGCGGUGGUUCGUGAUCAACAAUCCAUCACGUGUUAUAGGUGCCUACAGGAUGGUCAUCCUGCUAGGAAUUGUACUAAUGAUAUCGGUAAGAAGGACGAGAGAUGUAUCCGGUGCGGCAACCCUACCCAUACCAUCGACAAAUGCAACGUCUCUACAACUGCUACGUGUCAUCGCUGCGGUCGAGAAGGUCAUCUAGCUUAUGUAUGCCCUGAUCCGCUACCAUCUCCUACGGUAUCAAUGAGGAGUAAAGGUGGUAAAGGUAAAGGCAAGGGCAUUGGUAAAGGAAAAGGGAAAUCUCCCGGUCCAUCAAGUAUCCAGGCUACAACCUCAUCUACGACCGACGGUAAUCUUCAACAGCUCCCAACACCACCUACUCCCGAAGUCAAGAUCUCUGGUGUAGAUCCCAACGAGAAUAACGAUGAUUCAAGUGAUGCAAAUAAUGAGUACGACAUCUACAACGACGCCCAAACUAACAUGAUUGUAUCGCAUCACUAUCCUGAAUCAUCGAUUCUAACGGUAUCGGAGUCGGUUCCCAAUCAACUCAAGACUAUGAAGGCCAACAGCUCGGAUAAGGUCUUUGGUGAUCCUAAGGUAACAUCUACCUCGAAUAUCUGCUCAUCUUCAACUUCAUCUACUCGUUGCGAUGUCGUUGUUGGCGUGAUCAAGAUCGGUCCUGAGACCCGGCCUGUUCUGUUUGAUACUGGAGCCGAUAUCUCUUUAAUCGCUAUCGGAGCCUUGGAGAAAAUCUUCGGUGGUGACUGUCCUAUCUUCUCAUCCACCACAAAUUCUAAUGUGAAGGUUGCUAACACCACCAGCAUCAAGGUCAUCGGCCAUGUCUCUAUACCUAUCGAGACCAGGCACAUCAAGAUCACAGAAAGGUUCGCCGUCACAGACAAUUCACUAUCUAGCCCAGUUAUCCUUGGAUGUCCGGCCUUACAACAACUACAGUGUGCUAUUGUCUUCACGGUUAGUGGCUCCGUGGUCUUCACUGGGAUCGAAGAUCUUACUUCAUCGUUCCAUAGGCAGAUCUAUAAGACUAUCUCUAGAUCAGCCAAGCAACGACAACCUGCUGAGAUCAAAGGUUUUGGUGACGUAUCUAUUACUCAUCAACCAACCUCUCACGUCGUCAGGGUGGUGAAUGAUGACCUACCAACUUCAUCAUGUUCUACGAUCAUGGCCUCUAACGACGUCACAACCCAUCUCGAUCUCCUUCAUGGUGGUAUCUGGAAUGGGAAGGUUACCAACAACAAUGCCGUUCCCCGUAUCAUGAACUCAAUCCCGGACGUGAUCACCAACGAUCCUUAUGGUGCUACUGAUAUGGAAGACGUUCCACUACAUCCUGACCUACAACUACAAUCUGAUCCUACCGACGAUCUCCCGCCAUGGGAAGUCAUCAAACGACAAUGGAUACCCGACUUCAGCGCUCCGUUAGGACGUUGCCAACUAUCGGUACCAUGGUUAUCAUCAGACAGGCCCGAUCACAACUUUAGGAUCGCGGCGCGCCGAGGAGCGGCUUCAGUCCAACGACUAUCACCCGAGGAAAAGGAUCUAUUUCACCAAUCCCUGAAGACCUUCAUCGACCGGAAAUCACACACUAUCGACUGCUACAGCUUUGCUGCACACAUCUACGAGGGACAUCAUAAACUAUUCGAUCCCAACAAGAACUUCACAUCAUGGGUCGAUGAACAACAUCAAGAUCAGCCCGAGGCACUGAAGAAAUUACUUGGCUAUCUAUUUCGUCGAUCCUCUGAUCUUCUACAUGCUGUUUACGAAGCAGAUCGACUAUCUGAAGAAGACUGUAUCACUAAAAGGAAGGCUAGUUCCUAUCUCCUAUCUCUAUAUGAUCCUCUCGGGCUUGUUCUAGAGCACACAAUGGUUGGUCGACUUAUCUGGCGGAAGAUCACUGAAGCUACAACAGAUUGGGAUGCUAAAAUCACUGACGAUCAUCGACAACAAGUAUCUGAUUGGGUGAACGCCUCUAUCAAUCUCUGCAACGACGCCAAAUAUGGAGUCCCAAGAUUUGUCGAUAUCAACAACCACCCGGUGGUAUUAUCAGUCGAUGCAUCAUUGAUUGCAUGGGGUAUCGAUCUAAGAUGUCUAUCAUCACCAAACGAUCGCUUGAUGAGUCGUGCUGGUCUAUUCCCUAAAUCUCAGAAGAAUUGGAGCAUCCCCCGCAAGGAAUUGGACGCGCUAUGGAGAGGCUUAAAAUGGAUUAAGAACUUCUCGAUCUAUCUCCCCAUCAAGACCAAUCUAAAUAAAUCACAACAACCCCUACAUCCUCUCAGGCCUAAUCCACCUCUCAACCCGGCGGAUCCUCUAUCAAGAGCUAAAGUCGGCAUCUACUGUUAUGACGAUAAGAUCAAGAAUGCUGUCAAGGUUGCAACAGUUCUCUAUGACUAUCUAGAUUCCGUGGAAGAUCCGUCAGAUGAUCCUCUUGUGAUCUCGGAUCCACCCCUGGCCGACUUUGUUGCUACUGCUAUCACCGUUAACCCCGAUGGUAUUCCCCUACCUGACUUAUCUACCAUCGAAGAUGUUGAACAACGAGCAGAACUACAAUGUAUCUGGGACUAUGCGAAACAUCGGUACACUCCUGAUGAGGAUCCACCAGUGGAUACUAUCGAGUUCACCGAGGCCGUCGAGAUCUGUGCUAGAAGAUGUCAACUACUAGACGAUGAUCUACGUCUCUUGAAGCUAUAUUUGGAAGGUAAACUCAAUCUCAGUGAUGCCGGUAGCAGAUAUACCCAUAUCACUAGAUUGGCAACUAUCUGCGAGCUAGAUGCUAAUAAAAUCAUACGUCGAUGUCCACAAGAAGCUGAUUGGAAGCGUGUACAUGAGGAUCCCCACGGUGUUAUCUUUCUUGGUGGAUCUAACUAUGCUAAUAUCCUAAUGGUCCUAUUAACUAUCAUAUUCCAUUAUGUCUAUCUACAUAGAGCCCAUCGUAAGAUUACCGGUCAACUACAACGUCGGUACAACGGUAAACGACUGCCCAUCAUUGUUAAGAACACCAUCGCCUCUUGUAUCCCCUGCCUACGAUCUAAGGCAUACCGUGGACUUAAUUAUGUAUCAAGAUCUGUCCAAGCCCUGGCAACGAAGUCUAUCUGGCAAGUUUGCGGAGCCGAUAUUGUCGGACCCUAUCAACGAGACGAAGCUGAACAAGGAUCUACUCGUGUCUUAACUCGUAAGAGGUAUAUCUUACUGGUCCACGACGCCAUCACGAGCUUCACAUGCUCCAGGAUUCUGUACGAUGCUACAUCCCUGUCCGUGGCCGAUGCAUUCCACUCUAUCUGGUGUGAGAUGGGAGCGCCAUCGGUGCUCAUCACUGACAAGGAUAUGUCAGGAUUCAUCAAUCGCCAUGUUAAGAACAAUUUGAUCAGCCAUGGUAUAAGACAUCUAGUGUUGCCUCCCUACUCACCCCAUCUAUCAUUCUGGGAAAGAAUCCAUCGAGACUUCGUCCAAAUGUCUAGAUCUAUCUGCUGUCAAGUCAACUCUGAGAACGAUUACAUCAAGUCAUAUCUACUGGCGAUUAGGGCUUACAAUUGUACGGCUAAGGACUGGAUCCCAUUCACGCCUGCAUCUUUACACCUUACUUAUCAUCAACGACUUCCUGGAGAUCCGCCUGCUUCCAGCGACAUCAUCAACUAUGGAGCCUUGGCUGCUGGCACUAUCAACUCAGAUCAAUUCGGCUUCGCUAGAGCUAUGCUACCCUUCGUUAAAGAGAUUCAACAAGAAGUGUCAUCUACCGUGGCCGAGUACAUCGAGUUCUGGUACCACAAGCAAGCCGCAUAUCGCCGCCGGAUCAACCUAUCUACGGAAAUGACUUACCCUGAUCCUAAGCCCUUCGACAUCGUCUUCAUCACCAACUACAGCGAUAUUGGAUGGGCUAUCAAUAACAAGAUGAAGUCCAGAUGGGAAGGACCCUUCACUAUCGCCAAGGUCACCUCAUCAGCUACGGUACUUGUGGCGCCCGAACUGAUCCUUCCUAACAGAAAGAUCUGGGAAAGGUCUAACUCUUCAUCAUCUAGUCCAACGCCUCCAUUUGGUCCUACUUCACCAAGUAUCGACAAUUCUGGUCCAUGCUCUUCCACUGAUCAUCGAUCACCCGGUCCUACUAAUAUCACCGAUGACCACGACUAUGACUCUGGUAUCGAUCGGUUGUUUAAAGAUCAUGAACUUCAACUAGUAUCAUUGAAGAACGUAGUACAUGCCAAGGCCUUCCAAGAUCUGGUACGAGAUCAACAUCUACGAGGUCAAAGGAUCUACGUCGACCAUCGAGGAGCUAUAAGGUCUAUCGACUCUCUGAAGGAUGAGUCACGAGAUCUACAGCGAGUCAGAGAAUUGAUCACUGAGGGCGCUAUCAAUGAUGCUUUGAAGGCGUGGAGAAGUCCAACUACAACGACAUCCAAUGAUGAAUCAUUAUCUGAAGGAGAUCAAGAUCAAGGCAAACAACCACAAGGUCACUCUAUCCCAGAAGAUCUACAUCAAGCUCAAAAAGAUGACCAGUUAACUCCUUCCGACUCCCCCGAUCUCAUACCAGAAAAUGCUCAUCCCUCGAGAGUAUCGAAGCCAAGGACUUCUCGGAAUCGCCAUCAACAAGAUAAAGAGAAGACUGGAGAUCAGCAUGAUCCUACUGCUAUUAAGCCUACACCGACGAAGACGAAGGGAGAGUUUAUCUUGGCUCGAUCGGAGAUGAUCAAACGAGGUUUUGCUCAACUAUCGGUUAAGUGUAUCCUGCAUGGUAGCCCUCACAAGUAG